AUGGACCAGAUACGCACCAUCAUCAUCGGCAUCAGCGGGUGCUCCUCGAGCGGCAAGACCACCCUCGCGAGGCUUCUGCGGGACAUGUUCCCGGACACCUUUAUUCUCCACGAGGACGACUUUUACAAGCCUGAGUCCGAGCUCCCCAUCAACCAAGGCCACGCCGACUGGGACUGCCCCGAGGCCAUUUCCAUCCCCGACCUAGAGGCUGCUCUCGCCCACGUCCGCGCAACGGGCACAUUCCCAGUGAGUAGCCGUGUGCCCAGUGCCAUCUCACCCAACAACACCCUCUCCCGCCGCAGCAACCACGGCUGUGCCCCUCUCACCUCCCCUACCCCAUUGUCACCCCCCUGUCCCGCUAUCCUCACCCCUACCCCCAUCACAACCAUCUUCCACAAAAACUACAACAACUUCCAGACCUCCUCACAUGCCGGCUUCCUGUUCACCCUCCGCACAGCCCAACUCCCCUCCGCCCAGUCAUGGCCCACUCUCGACAUCAAGCUCUUCCUGCGUGCGAGCCGCGCUGCCGCCCUGCGCCGCCGCACCGCCCGCGACGGCUACGUGCACAUGGACGGCUUCUGGAAGGACCCGCCCGGCUACGUCGAGCAGGUCGUGUGGCCCAACUACGUGGCCGCGCAUAGGUGGUUGUUUGAGGGGGGGGGAUGUGGAGGGGGGCAGGUUGGAUGGCGGGGUGUUGAGGGGGGGAGGGAAUUUUGGUGCCGGGGGUUGGAGUCGGAGUCGGAGUCUGGGGUCUGUUGGGGGUGA